AUGUCUUACUUUAUUGAGAAUGGCAGUAGAAGAAAUUGCAAAGAAUUAAAUGAAGAUACUAAAUUUAGCAGAUAGUCCGAUAACUAUAAAAGAAUCAACAUUCCUAACUCAUUAGCGAUAACAUAAAAUGAUGAUAGAGUGUUAAUGGAAAUUGAAAUUUAGUUGGAAGGAUUAAAAACUCUACUUCAAAAAAAUGAAUAGUAUGGUUAGAAACUGAGAUUAACUUUGUAAAAAAUAAAUGAAAAGCACAAAUCUAAUAUUGAAAAAUUAAAAGAGCUUCAUUAAAAGAAAAACGAAAUGUAACAGAAGGCAAAAGUUAGUAAAUAUGGAUUUUUGGCCACUUAUGGAUAAAAUCUUUAUGGCCAUAAGAUUCAAGGAAUUUCUUUUUACUAAUUUGAGAGCUAUUAAAGAUUAGAUUGCAUUUAGGCAUUUGAGUUGAUGUCUAAAAAGAACAAUAAAAUGCUUAAGUAAAAUCACCAUCAUCAUAUGAACUCAUAUUAUUCCUUGGACAGCGAUAAAGUCAUUGAACCUAUCAAGGAAGAAAAACUGCAAAAGUUUUUUGACAAGUUACCACUACUGAAAAGUAAAUUCACAAAGUAGUAUAAAUCAGCUCCUAAGAGUUUAAACUAAUAAAGCUAAUAUUUAGAUAUAAAGGAGGAAAUGAGUAAUUCUAAUAUUGAUGGCUUAAAAAAGCUUGAAAUCUCUGAAAAUUCUACUUGCCUCUUUUAAGAGUUUACUGAUAGUGCUAAAAAAGAAUUUCUUAUACUUUUGAUUUUUAACUUUUUGGAUGAAUAGAUUGAACUAUCUAAUAAUAAGCAAAACCAGUAAAACACAAGCGCUGUAAAGAAGCAAAUCCAGUAGAGUAAUGAGGAAGUAUUUAAAUAAAUACUAUCAGCACCAAGCUAAAUAUAUCACUACAUAGAUUGGAUAGAAUUUGCUAAAUUUGCUAAUCUCAUAAUCAACAAAUAUGGAGCAACUUCUACGGUUGGAUACGUCGAAGCAUUAGAUAUCUUUUCUAUUUUUAAAUAACUUUUUAUUCAGCUUGGAGAAUAAUUUGUUGUUUCAAUUCUUAAUUAAUAAUAUCCUUCUAGCAGUGCUGAAUGUGCAUCCAAUUCUAGUAUGACUCAGUCUCCUGUUCAUACAAUAAAAAGCAAAAAAAGCUGUAAAAAGAAUUCUCAGUCUUAGAGUAACACUGCAGUAGAAGUGUUUGAAGAAGGAACUAGAAAAAAGGGUAGAAAAGAAAACUCCUCUUAGCUUAUCAAAGAAUAUAUGGUUGGAAAUUUUAGUGACAGCAAAUAAAUAAGCAAUUUUUUAUCCUAAAUUGAAAUAUAGCCUUCUGAAUGGACAAGAUAAGAUGAUGAUAAGCUCAUCAAAGCUGUAUAAAUAUUUGGUGAAAAAAGAUGGGGUUAAGUUUCUACUCUAUUAAAUGGAAAAGAACACACCGAUAUUGUGUAAAGAUGGGUAAAAUUCUUGAAUCCUAGAAUUGAAAAAGGUCGCUGGAGUUUAAGAGAAGAUAUAAAAUUGGCUGUCCUCUAUGAAUUUUACACUUCUUGCAAAGAAAAAAUUGAAAACAAAACUUGGUGUUUGAUAGCUAAUCAUUUUACAAAUAGAACUGAAGUUUAGAUACGUGAAAGGUGGUGCAAUCUCUUAGAUCCAAAAAUGAAAUUUACUUCGUGGAGCUAACAAGAAGAUAUUACUUUACUUUAGUUAGGUGUCAAGUAUCAAGGUUAAUGGGCAAAAAUAAGUAGAGAACUUGAAAAUAAAACUGAUAACCAGGUGUUAAGACGCUGGAAGCUGUUACUGAGUGAUAGAUAUAAUAUAAAUUUAAUAAAAUUUUUGGAGCUAGGUAGCAUCAACCUCAGAAAAGAAUACUUAAAGCAUCAUGGAUUGUUAGAAGAAUAUCCAAUUUAAAAAUCACUUAUACUAAAUGAAUAAAAGAUGAAGUAUGAUAUCAAUCCUUAACAAAUUAAUGUAAAAGAAGAAAAUUAAGAGCUUAGCUUUUUUUUACCUUAAAUAAAGAACGAGGCUACCUCUUCUUAAGUCCCAGAACAAAUUAACAUUUUUAAAGAGUAUUCUUUUUCAUGUGAUUAUUAAUACAAUAUCUAAUAAGAGGAACAGUCAAAUAUCAGCACUUCAGAAAAAUAAUUUUAAACAAUAGAAUAAUCAAAAAUAAAAAAUCCUUAACAUUUCACUCUGAAAAGAGAUGAUGAAAAUUGUAAUUAAAUGGAAAUCGAGUAGUAAAUUGAAUAACCUGAAAAAAAAUAAAAUAAGUUUAAUGAAAUAAUAAGAAUUUCUUCUGCUUCUACUUCAAUUCCUCACAAAACUAAAAAUAUUUUUAAACUAAUUAAACUGACACCACCAUUAGCAAAUUAAAUAAGAAAAGAUAAUCUAAAGCGUAGAGAAAAGAAAAAAUAUAAGAAAAAACCCUCAGGUUACAAAUAAAAAUAAUUUUUAGUGUCUGCCUCUCAAAUAGAUAACACAAGUACAUUUAGAUCUAACUAUGGCGAGGAUGAUGAUUCCGAUGAUAAUAGUUAAUCUGCUAUGAAUUUCACUGAGUAUUAAAGCGACACUAAUAAUAAUGAUCCUUCAAGCUACAAUAUUGCUACUCCUUCAGGAAUCAAGAAAAAAAUAGUAAAAAAGAGUCAACACAAUCCUAGUAUUUCUUAAUCUUUGCUUAAAAUAUAAAAUGAAGAGGAAGGAGGAUAUUAAAGUGAGUCUGAAGGUAGUGAAAUACCCUCAAAUUGA